ACAGUGUCCCAGACAGACGAGUGGAACCCCUACAUCUAAAUCUCCAUUCCCGUCUCCCUCACCCACUUAUAGAUCUUAUAUUUUUCUCCCUUAUUUCCUCACCCCCCCUGCCAGAUCAUCUCGCACAAUAGACUUCCCCUCCAGCCACUGGUUUGAAGGGAAGAGGGGGAGAGAUACAGUUUCUACAACAAUGGAAAUUCAAUCAGGAAAUGGAGAGGAGGUGGCGAGCGCUGUGUCAGCGACCUCGGGCUUCGUUUCCCGCAGUCCCUCCGGGCCGCAGGUAGAUGCAUCAGACAAUCCAGUGCUCAGAGAGGACCUACAGGCUGCUAAGAGGAUUGAGAGGUUUGACAUCCCACUUGAUAGCCUGAAGAGGAUGUUUGAGAAGCCUGCAGCGACAAACACUGAAGUGACAACUGUGCACACCAAAAAGGUGACGUCCAGUGCUCUGAUACAGCCCAACCUGUCGACAGAUCAGACCAUGGCCUCAACACAGGAUGCCACCCUCUCUGCAGGCAGCGCAGGUAGAUCCGGGUCAGGACGUUCUGAGGACAGGCUGAGCCAGGGGAACAGGGCCCCGAGCGCCGAGGAUCAGGAGGCCGAGUCAGUGUCGGUCAAAGAGCGGCUGGCGAUGUAUCAGGCUGCCGUGUCUAAGAAAGAAACCAGCAGCUCCUCGUCUGCUGCGAUGAUGGAUGAGUCAGAGGCGUGCUCGCUGCCUGGUGGCCUGGCCAGUGUAAAGAGACAGUUUGAGAACCAGGAGUUUUCUUCUUCGUCCUCUCAGUCGACUGUCACUCAGUUUCAUUACCAGCAGCAAUCUGUCCAGGAAAUGUCAAGCUCCUCAGAAGUGACAGUGAGAAGCAGUGCCAGGGAGGUCAUGCCCUCUACAGUCGCUCACAGCCAAGAGGUGAUCCAUGAUCAAAGGGUCCAGCACAGUGCAGCCGCCAGUUACGGGAACCAUUACAAUGAAACAGUUAUGCUCGUUGGAGGAGAAGACCUACCAAAGGUUUCUACUCAGGCUUUGAAGCAGCAGUAUGAAAAAACAAUUGAGGAAGCUGCACCAGCCAAGGAAAUUAAGGUUGAUGUGGAUUUCAAUCAGUUUCAGUGGGUGCCAGUUAACCAGACAUCCAAAACUUCAGCAAUGACAAGCUCCGCCAUUAAGGCCGUCUCAUCCUCAGCAUCUGCUUCAUCAGUGGCCUAUGAGGCAAGAGACAGUUUUCCUCUCCCUCCCUCAAACCUGAUGCAGGUGACACAGGAAGUCACAGAAUCCCGAAUCUCGCCCCAGCCUCACGAGCAAGCCUCCCAGAAUAAGAGCGCCAUUAAUAAAGAACAGUAUUUCAAACACAAGAGUAUGGCUGAACUAAAACGCCUCUACAAGCACAUAAAUCCAGAGGUGCGCAAGAACCUUGAGGCGGAGUUCUUAAACCAGCUCUCUGAGGCCGAAUUAAAGCAUUUGGAAAGCGAGGAAAUGGUGGGAGAUGUGCAGCAGGCAUGUUAUAUGUUUGAAAAUGAACCUAACAGCCCAAGUAAGUGCUCAAGCCCUGAGUCAGUGGAGUGGGAGGAGAUCCUUAAAGGAGAAGUGCAGUCCAUGCGUUGGAUGUUUGAAAACAAACCACUAGAUACGAUUAAAAAUGACACUCCAGAUGAGGUUGAGGUGAGGAAUAUUGCGCAGCAGGAGAUCAUUGCUGGCAAAGAUGUGCGAUACACAGCUUGGAUGUUUGAGACUCAGCCCAUGGAUGCUCUAGGCAACGAGACAGUUGUUGGGACAGAGGUAUCACAAAAACAAGAAGAUCUUGCAAGAGGAGAUGUCCGCACAGCUACUUGGCUUUUUGAGACACAGCCGCUCGAUUACCUGAAUAAGAUCUACCAAGAAGAUGAGCAGGACGUAGAUAGUGUGGUUGCAAAAGACAUCACUGGAGGAGAUGUGAAGACAGCCAGAUAUCUGUUUGAAACCCAGCAUCUGGAUUCUCUCAGUAAAACAGAAACCAUAGAGGAGAGCAGCUUUCUGAGCCUCAAGUCUGAGCUGGAAGAGAUAAAAGGCGACGUGAAGACCACCACUCGUAUGUUUGAGACCCUCCCAAUGUGUGUCAUCAGGGGUGAUUCAGGUGAGAUGUUGGAGAUCACCACCAUCCGCAGGGAGGAGACUGAAAAAGGAGAUGUGAAAACAUCACGUUGGAUGUUUGAAACUCAGCCUUUGGGUAUGAUUAACAAAGACCCCACAAAUGUUAAACUGAUAUGUGGUAUUUCCAUGGAGGAUAACAUUCAAGGCGGUGUCAAUAAAGGUAGAUGGCUUUUUGAAACAAAGACUCUGGACACAAUUAAGGACGAGGAAUGGGAGAGCUCCAGGAAACAAAAAGAGGAAAUAAUUGGAGCCGAUGUAAGGAAGCACUGUGAGGUAUUUGAAACCCAGCCGAUGGAUACUCUGAAAGAUAAUGCCAAUUCCAGACCUUUACCCUCUGAGGAAAUCGUAGGAGGUGAUGUUCAGUCAGCAAAAUAUCUAUUUGAAACAGUUCCAAUGGAAAAUCUUAAGGAGCUGCUUGAAGUUGGGAAACUUAAGAAAAUGGUUGCAUCUGAGGAAGAAAAAGGUGAUGUGAGGCAUCAAAAGUGGGUCUUUGAAAGCCAGCCACUAGAGAAUAUAAGGGAGGAGAAGAAGGAGAUUACCCGAACGGUGAAUAUUGAAGCUCUCGAUAAAGGAGACGUGACAAACUUUAAAGAAAGGUUUGAAAGUAUGGAUUUAAGUAAGUGCGAGGCAACACAAAAAAUUCAGGUUGAAGGUGUCACAAGUGGGUCAGUGAAAUCCAACAAAGUCCUCUUUGAAUCCACUCCCAUGUAUGCUAUGCAAGACAGCUCUGGCCAUUACCAUGAGGUGAGGACGGUGAGGCGUGAGGAGAUUGUGAAGGGAGAUGUACGCAGUUGCAGAUGGAUGUUUGAAACACGUCCUAUUGAUGAGUUUGAUGAAAGCAUCAAUAAGUUCCAGAUCAUAAAGGGGAUAUCCAAACAAGAGAUUGAGUCAGGGGACGUCAAAACAGCCAAGUGGUUGUUUGAAACUCAACCGCUUGAUGCUAUUAAAUUUUUCAGUAAUUUUGAGGAUGAAGAACAUAAAACUAAAGAAGGCAUUGAAAUUGAGAGAGGAGAUGUAAAAACAUGUAGGUGGUUGUUUGAGACUCAGCCAAUGGAUGUGCUCUAUGAAAAGGUUGAGAAGAGUGAAACGGAUAUGGAGGAAGUGCAAAAAGGAGAUGUCAAAACCUGCACUUGGCUCUUUGAAACCCAAACUCUCGACAACAUUCGUGAUCAUACCGAGUCUGAAUCUGAGACCAUUUUGAAAACUUGCACUGUAAAGCAAGAGGACAUCCACGGAAAAGACGUGCGGCUGGCCCGCUUCCUCUUUGAAACGGAGAACCUUGAAAACAUCACAGGUGAGGACUCUGGCUCAUUCAGGAGAGUUACAGAAAUCGACAUUCAGUCAGGUGAUGUCUCUAGGAUGAAGUACAUCUUUGAGAAUCGCUCUUCUGACAUAAUGAGCUCCACAUCUGACGAAAUGAUGCAGAGGCUGAAGACGCAGCAGGCUGAAGACAUUCAGCGUGGGAAUGUGGUUAAUUGUACCUGGAUGUUUGAGAAUCAGCCGAUUGAUGCCAUACGCGAUGACACCGUGAUGCGGGAAAUUCGCACUGUGACUGAUGUACAGGGCGGUGAUGUCGACAAAGGCCGCUUCAUUUUUGAGACGUACUCUCUUGAUCAGAUUAAAGAAGAAUCAACCAAGACAGAAAUUUCUAAACUUACAAGCAUCUUCAGAAAUGAGAAAGAAAAGGGAGAUGUGAAGAAUUACACAAUGAUGUUUGAAACUCAGCCGCUUUAUGCUAUCUGUGACAAAGAAGGCCACUAUCAUGAAGUAACGACUGUAACAAAGGAAGAAAUCAUGAGAGGAGAUGUGGUGGGAGCUAGAUGGCUUUUUGAGACUAAACCUCUGGAUACAAUUAGAGAUUCAGAGGAGGUGUAUGUUAUUAAGGCUGUAACUGAAGAGGGCAUCAAUAAAGGAGAUGUUAGCUCAGCCAGAUGGAGGUUUGAAACGCAACCUCUGGAUGAAAUUACAGAGGAAAUAAAAGUCCGGUCUAAAACAGUUGCAGACAUCCAAGGUGGUGAUGUGAAGACAAACAAACAGCGAUUUGAAACUGAUGAAAUGUCUCCAAAGUACAUCAGGACUGUUAGUGUGAGUGAGAUUCAAAAAGGCGAUGUCAGAUCUGCCACAUGGAUGUUUGAGACCCGCACAAUUGAUGAAAUUCGUGGCGAAGGAGCCGAAUAUGAUGACAUGGAAAAAGUGACAAAAGAAGAAGUGAUGAAAGGCGAUGUCAAACAGUCUGUGUGGCUCUUUGAGGAGCAGCCUCUAGACAGGAUCAAACAGAAAGAUGGCGUAGAACCUGUUGUUGAAAAAGAGGCAAUUCCACAGGGAGAUGUGAAAACAACAACAUGGAUGUUUGAGACCACCCCUUUCCACAAAUUCAACGAAAGCAGUGUGGAAAGGAAAGAAAUAAUGGGUAAAAGCAUCAAAGAGACACUUGAGGAACUUUACUCACAGAAAAUGGUCGACUCACAGGGUAUUCUCAUCGAGGCUGAUGAGAUCGGUGAUGUCCGUAUGGCGAAGUACAAACUGAUGAACCAGGAAGCGCCACAAAUCCAAAAAGAAGAGGUUAUCCGUGGGGAUCUGAGCAACAUCAUGAUGAACCUCUUAAACCGCAGGGAGACCACUGAAAAGGCUAUAACUAUUGACAAGGAGGAGCGGGGGAACAUCAACACCACAGUGAAGCUGCUAUUUAACCAGGAAAAGGGAAUCAAUGUGGAGAAGGAGGAAAUUAUUCGAGGUGACAUUCAAGAGGCUAUAAACAAUCUGUUGAAGAAUGAGGGUUCCUCCAAGCGUGGCAUUCUGAUUCAAGAGGAUGAGAAAGGAGAUGUGAGGAUGACUAUCUAUUCCCUCUUAAAUAAAGGAGAGAGAGCUAGUUUAGAGAGAGAGGACAUUGUUCAGGGCAACGUUAGCAAAACACUUCAUCGUCUUCUUUCUAACUCAGGAGCAGAGGACUCCAAAAAGAUACGAGUAGGAGACACCGAAAGAGGCAAUGUCAGCUUUUACUCCACAUGCAUUGAAUCUGGGGCCUUGGAUUAUCUGAGGCAGCUCCAGUAUGAACAAGAUGAAACCCAAGAGCAGGUGCAAAAAGAAUGUAUCAUAGGUGGUGACAUUGAAGAGACUAAACUCUUGCUGCGUAAGAAUCAACAGCAAAUUGGUCGCACAGUGGCAAAGGAUGAUAUAGUUCCUGGUGACGUGUAUAGCAUUGUUGAAGUGUUUAUGACUGAGCCAACAGUUACCUAUAAAAACCUGGAGGAAAAGGAUAUUGUUAAAGGUGACCUUAGCGCAGCCCUGGAUUCACUCACCCAAGCCAUCAAUCAAAAACUGGUAAUAGAGAAGGAGGAGGUGGUGAAAGGAGAUUUACCUACUACUUUGAGGUCUCUGGAGGUGGCUCAGCAUCAAGCCAAAGAAAUGGAAAAGCCCGAAAUCGUGAAGGGAGACAUCAGAGGUGCUCUUGAGUCACUGGAGAAAUCUGCCACUGCGAAAACUGAAGCAACUGUUGAAGAUUUAGUACCAGGUGAUAUCAAAGGGACCCUAAAAUCCCUGGAGGAGGCGAAGCAGGCUGUGAAAGAGGUGGAAAAAGAAGAGAUUGUCAAAGGAGACAUCCACACUGCCAUGCAAAGUCUACAUGAAGCAUCAAGUGAGAAGAAGAUUUACCAGCAUCAAGUCAGCGAACAAGGGGAUGUCAAAGCCACAAUCCAGCAGCUGCUGGUGCCGUCAACUUCUCCAAGAAUGCAGCGUAGGGGGAGCAUUGAAGGAGAUGUGAAAACAUCCAUUAAAUCUCUUUACGAAGGGCAAGAGACAACACAAGUGGAAAAAGAGGAGGUAGUGAAAGGAGAUGUUCAAGGAGCAAUAAAGUGCCUGAUGCAAAGAAAACAGUAUUCAAAUCCAAAACGUAUGUAUUCUACCAAGAAAACAAAAGUAUCCGUGAAAAAUCCAUUAAGUGUAAAGCAGGCAGAGCAUGAAUGUGUGCAUGAAGCGAGGAGUGAGUGUGUAGCAGUCAAUCCAGCCCCCGCUGUGAAAAACCUCUCGGAGAGCAGUGAGUCACAAAAGCACAUACAGAGGCAAAACGAAAGCAAAUUGGUGAAAACACAGGUAAUAACCCAAGAGGACCACUCUGUUAUUGUAGCCAAAACAGACAAUGCUCCUGGGGCCUCUCAAAAGAUGAAUAUGAAAGAACAGAAGCAGAAAGUACUGCCCCCACAGAAAACACAGGCUCCUAAGACCAUUACAAUAAAGAAUAAACAAAUGACUAAUAAAGAUCAAACAGAGACUAAAGCCACUGAUGUGAGUGUGAUGAAAGAGGUGCAAAGCUCAUCUCAGACAAAUGUUUCAAAGAAGCAAAUAUGUGAAGCAAAGACAGUCAAACAGGUGCAAACCACGGUGACAGAGAAAACUGUCAUGCAUAAGCAAAAUGUAACAGUAUCAGAGGAAAUGUCCCAAAAGCAAAUGGAGGACAAGGCUUUCACACAAAACAAAAACAUCAAAAAUACGAAGAGUGAUUACCGGAACCUUGACAUGAGAGGGAAAGGUAUGAUCAAAAAGGUGAAGCCAGAGAUUCACUUCCCCCCUCCUCCCUCUUCCCCACCUCCACCAUCAGAGUCUGAGCUCUCUCUUCCUCCACCGCCAUCGCCAGUGCUGGAGAGCCCAGCAUCCCCCACCUCCCGGCCUUCUAUCAUGAGGCAAGACAGUGACCUCCUACCCCCACCGCCUCCACCGCCACCUCCCGUGGAAUGCAUGAAGUCUGAGCCAGACUUUUUCCCCCCUCCUCCUCCCCCUCCUCCACCUCCGCCUGCUGUGGCUGGACAAGACUUCUUACCUCCUCCACCCUCACAGCACGAGCUUAAUGCAAUGCCUCAGCCUACCCUUGCAAAGCCAGGAAAACCCAUCGGCAAGCCGUUAUUCAAAGUGCCCAAGCCAGCAGAGCCACAAAAGCCUAUACAAGUUAAACCCAAAUGGCAGAAAAAGCAAGCGACGCCUCCACCUCCUCCGCCACAGCUGCCUCCAGAUCAGGGUAAAAGUGUGACAGCAGAGCAAAUGAAAGCAACUAAGGUUCAGGAGGUGAAAAAGAUUGAAACAACUCAGGAGAUUGAAGCAAGCGAAAAGACUCAGUCAGAAUCAACAGCAGUAUCUGCAACAAAAGUACCAGAUUGUGUCCCAGCUGUAAAACUGAUGCCAAAAGAAAGUCCAAAGCCACCUAAAAAAGUGUUUGUUCCUCCCAUUAAACUUCCAGCACCCCCUGAACCUUCCCCAGAACCAAAAGCAAGGCCAUACGCUCGGAAGUUUAAAACCCCUCUCAUGCUUGCAGAGGAAAAAUACCGCCAGCAAAAGACAGAAAAAGACGAAAGUGAGAAAAGUACAGUUACGACUCCCACAUCUCCUCUAAUUAAUAUACAGUCAUCCUCCACUGUAGGUAGUUCUGAGCUUACUGCAGCAAAGAAAGUUGAGAAGGAAGCAGAAGCAACAAAAACAAAGACAGAAGAAGCCAGGACUAUUUCUAAAGAGGAAAUAUCAGCACAAGAAAUAUCUGCCAAGAAAACUCCCUCCCACAUCCCAUUGAGUAAACCCUUGAUCUCAGUAGUAAAUAAAAAAUUAACCCCUCCAUCCUCAAAUGUUCUCUCAGAAAAAAAGCUCUCCUCUGAAAAAACACAAGCCACUGCUGAUGUCAUUAAAAAUAGUCAAACUGCCCCAAUGCCCAAAGCUCAGGCUCUUUCUGCUUCUCAGUCUCAUCAUGAAACCACCAAUAUUGAAGUCCAGUCAUGCUCUAAUGUGGUCACUUCUUCCAUCACAGAGCAGCAGCAGUUUAUUAAGAAAUCCAGCACCAGGUCUAUUGCUGCCGUACAGAGUGCUGUCCAGGAAAAUGUGAAUCUUCAAAGCCAGGCCGCGGUCACAUUGAAAGCUGAAGAUGUAAAGAAUAUUAAUGCGCCUCUGACACAAGAGGGGAAAAUGACUCCUUCUCAACCCACUAGAAUUCCAAAAGUAACUCCAAGUUUCAAGGUGAAAACAUUUAAAAUCCCUACGGAGAAGAAAGAGGAGAGAUGUGACAGUGUGGGACAAAAGGAGAUGAUGAAAAGUGAAAUGCAGGAGAGGGUGAAUCAGGAAUCCAAGCAGCUGACAUCAGCAAACACCAAGAUGACUAAAACAGAAAUGAAAGUGAAGGAGAAGAAGGAUCAAGUGGCCCCACCUGUACCAGAAGUGGAGGUUCAUGUGAAAAAAGGAAAGCAAGUGCACAAUAAUGAAACCGAAGUGAGACUGUCACCAUCAGUUACACUUUUAAUGCCCAAGGUGACUAAGAUAACAGCAACUCAUCAAGGCCAGGGGCAUAUGUCUGUCUCCCAGAGUCAGCAGAGCAUGAAGACAGAGCAUGUUCACAGUCAGGAGGAGGUGGUUGUGACUAAGAAGACGCAAGAAGCUAUUCAUAUGCAGAAACAGCAAAUAAAGCAGAAGGUAGUAGAGACAGGUAAAAUGCAGACAAAAGCAGGAAAAUCCAAAGGGGAGCUUAAGGUUAAACUGUCCUGUAAAGAUGAGGCUCAUUCAGUGGAAAUCACAGACUUAGAGAAAAGUAAUGUCGUACAUAAACUGCUCACUCAAACGAAAGAGCUCGAGGACUCACCAAGCAAAAUAGACUCCAACACUGUCAUCAUGAUUAUAAGUGAAGUCCCUGACUGGAUGAUGGGCUCAGAUGAGAGGAGGAAUUUAAGUGAAAUAGCUAAACGCCAAAAUAAGAAAAAGCUGAAAGAGAUGGUGGUCUAUAUAAAAAAUAUUUUUCAAGCAAAGCUCACGUUUUUUGAUGAAAAGCUGAAAGUUGUAGGAAAAAAGGAAAAAGUGGAGCCGCCACCACCUUCUCCUCCAGUACCAGCAGCAGCACCACCACCUCCUCCUCCUGCUUCUGUAGCAGCACCACCACCACCUCCCUCUGCUUCUGUGCCAGCACCACCACCACCACCUCCUGCUUCUGUAGCAGCAGCACCACCACCACCACCUCCUGCUUCUGUAGCAGCACCACCACCCCCACCUCCAGCUCCAGCACCACCAGUAGUCCCUCCAAAACCAGACAAGAAUGUUUUCAGUACUGCAAAGAUAUCAAAAAUCAGUAUUGGCUCAACCAAAACAGAAAAGAAAGUCACUGAAGAGAAAAAAACAGUGCAAGAGAACAAGGAUCUGAGUGAGGUAACAAAAGCAGAUCACAGAGUGGCCUCUCCGUUGGCGAGCAUCCGCACUCCAUCGCCCACUUUUAUCAGCAUUGAGUCAAGGAGGACGGACUCACCCCUCAGAGUGACCCCUUCUCCCCCACCCUACAAAUGUGUUGGUACACCCCCGCCGCCUCCUCGCAAGUCAUACACCCCCACAUCUACCCUCAGCCGGGCCACGCCCUCUCCCACCCUGAGCCGCUCAGAGAAACUGAUGAAACUGAGAGAUACCACAUCCAAACUGUCUCGUGGCAUGACCCCACCGCCCCCUAUGCCUGUCCUGGAGUUUCUUGUAGCAGAAAGAGCGUCGCCGUUUAGUGACAGGGAGACUCCCACAGAGAGUGAGCAGCUGGUGGAUGUCACUGAAAUGGUGGACUCCAUGAUGACUGUGAAAGAUAAAAAGUCUUUCUUUGAAGAGGCCCAGAAAGCAGAGGUAAACCGGACCUACAUUCGGAAGGACCCCAUUGACAUCCCUGAACGCCUUGGACCGGAUAAUGAGGAACCCAUUGAGACUGUGACUAUAGACCUUCUGAAAGCAGAUCUCCCAAGAGUUGACCUAAGUAAACUGGUAAACAAAUUUGAAUCCCCAAAACCAAAAAUUUACACCAGGAAGGACCCUAUUGUCAUCACAGAGAGGCUGGGGAGCGAUACAGAGGAUGCAGAAACAGAGCCACACACCCAGAGAACUGACGAUAUCUCAACAUUCAACGUUAAAGCCAUAAAGGAUGUGUUUGAGACAGGGGAGCACAGUUCUCAAGCAGCACGAGAACUAAGAGAGCAAAUUGAGAGAAGAGAACCUGAGUCAAUCUACUCUGAGCCAGCGGGUCAUUCCGAAACAUCAGUCACUGAGCAAUUCUGCAGCAUUGACAACUUUGGAAACAUGACAAGCGAGACUCGGAGCGCGACAGAGAUGCACUCUGAAAACUCUGUGACCCGUGGCAGCCCUCCGUCCUAUGCCGAUGUGGUGAGAGGCCGAGUACCAACGGUGGACGUGCCCGCCGAGGCCUCCACCGAGGAACUGCUGAGAAGCUUCCAGCAGUCGUGGGCGGAGAGCCAAGGAGUUUUCCAGAACCUGGGUUUCAGUGUCACGGAGCAGAGGACUUCUCAGAUUGUAACUCGGCAGCAGGAGACUGUCAUGACCGAGAAUUCGAGUUCCAGAGUCCGAACUAUGCAGGGCUUGUCGGAAGAGGGUGUACCCCAUGGAAUCUCUGAUCGCAGACAAACAAAACUUUCAUAAGAGCUGCUUUCGCUGUGAACACUGCAGAGGCAAAUUAAGCCUUGGCAACUACGCCUCUCUCCAUGGACGAAUGUACUGCAAGCCACACUACAAGCAACUGUUCAAGUCAAAAGGGAAUUAUGACGAAGGAUUUGGGCAGAAACCACACAAAGAAUUAUGGAACAAUAAGAACC